AUGGUGCUACAGCCUCCAUCACGCAUACUGGGUGCUGUCCUCUUCAACGACGCGCAAGCCCUUACUCCAAUGAACUAUUCCACAGCCCUGGAGUCAGAGCUCCGGUCCGGUCUGUUUUCCAAAUACGAGGUACUCCAGCGUCCUUCACAGAAAGUAAGAGUUAGGGUGUCCAUCACACUUCUGACCAUCAACGAACUGAACAUCAAAGACCAGGCGCUGUCCAUCACCGCUUACUUUACACUGUCAUGGAUGGACUCGCGUUUGUCAUGGGCGUCCAAUGUGACCUACAGCAACAUCAUGUUCUUGUUUAGCACGGAGACCUAUGUAUGGAGGCCCUCUCUCAUCAUCGAUAACGCGGUGGACGAAAUGACCGUUAUGAGCGACAAGAACAUACCCAUCCGGAUUGACUCGUCGGGAGGUCUGACCUGGAACCCCGCAGGUGUGUACACUGUGGCCUGUGAUUCGGACAUCACCUACUAUCCUCUGGACAUUCAGACGUGUACACUGUCCGUCAGCUCGUGGGGCUACACGAGCGGCGAGAUUACACUUGUAUAUGACACUGACCACGGUCGCGGUAUUGACACCACCUCCUACAGCGAGAACGGCGAGUGGUCGCUCGUCGGCUCGAACGUGGAGACGGAGGGUGAAAGUCAAACGCGAGGGUCCCAGACCUUCUCCAACGUGAAAUUCAAUAUCGUUCUGAGGCGCAGACCACUGUUUCAUCUACUCAAUACGUUAUUCCCUGUUUCAUUGAUGGCGUUUUUAAGUGCAAUGGUGUUUAAGUUGCCGCCCGACUCCGGAGAGAAGAUCGGGUUCUCUCUGACCGUUUUACUAGCGUACGCUGUGUACCUGACCUUGAUUUCAGACAACAUCCCAAGUACUUCAGUCUCCGUCUGCUACUUGUCUAUCUACCUUGCGAUGAUCCUGUCGUUUGGUUCUAUCUCUGUGAUCUGUACAAUCCUGGUACUCAACUUCCACCACCGCUCCAACGAGAAGGAACCCAUACCGAGGUGGCUGAAGAUGUUCACAUUCGCCGUUGUGGCCAGGGUCGUCUGCUGGAAAGGACAUUGCUGUUGUCGGAAACGGAGCGCCUUCAGUCCUUCAUCUCCAAACAAUCAAGGCCAUUCUUCAUCUGCCAAGCAUUUGGAUGCUGAGAUCAACGAAAAAGACGUGCCUGUGGAUGACACACCGGGACAAAACGACGACGAUUUUGACGAGGUGGACGAUGUGACAUGGAAAGACAUCGCCGGGAUCUUGGACAAGUUUUUCUUUUUCAUUUUCAUGGUGUCAAUUGGUCUGUCCACCAUCGUAAUCUUCUCCCUGCUAAUGAACAACUUCUUUGAGGCUUCGUACUAAACGAGUGGUCAAGCCGGACACAUAACUGAUUAUACAACACAGAUCUGGUCAGCAAACAUGUCCUGGAUAUUGCUAGACAUAUAGACAAAUGAUUCCUUCUUUCUCCUUGUUGUUACCGACUAAAGGUUUGGCCAUUUUCAAAGAAAAAAGUCACGAACAAGGCGUCUUAAAGUCUUUUAAAUCAGUUGACGCAUGCAUUUUUGGCAUCCAUAUACUGAUGUUUGGUAGCUUCAGUGCCUGGCUGUGCGACCGCGCAGCAAGGAUAAAAAGCCCGAGUGAAUAAUUUUAUAGCAAUCAUGUGUUUUUGUGUUAAAUGGUUGUAUGCUACCUUAUGCUGACAUUCGUCUCUUUGCCCCUGAAAAGU